UAUUUGAUUGAAAUAUUACACAGUACUCUGUUAAUAGUUUUUCUGAUAAAAACUAGAAAAAUGGGUUUACCGAAGGUAUAUUUCGACCUAACUGCAGAUAAAAAGCCUAUUGGUCGUGUAGUUAUGGAAUUACGUACAGAUGUUGUACCAAAAACAGCUGAAAAUUUCCGUGCUCUUUGUACUGGAGAAAAAGGUUUUGGAUAUAAAGGUAGUACAUUCCAUCGUGUAAUACCUAACUUCAUGUGCCAAGGAGGAGAUUUUACGAAUCAUGAUGGCACUGGUGGUAGAUCAAUUUAUGGUGAAAAAUUUGAGGAUGAAAAUUUUCAACUUAAACAUCUUGAUUCUGGAUUACUUUCCAUGGCUAAUUCUGGACCGAACAGCAAUGGAUCACAAUUCUUCAUAACAACUGCUAGAACUACUUGGUUAGACAAUAAGCAUGUAGUCUUCGGAUCUGUUAUCGAAGGUAUGGAUGUAAUCAAGAAGGUCGAAAGUUUUGGUAGUCAGACCGGUCAGACUCGUCAAAAGAUAGUCAUUGCUGACUGUGGACAACUUUAAAUAACUUCCUUUAACUUUUUAAUAAAAACGUUCCAAUAAAUAUUAAAUAAUAAUUUUCAACUGUUUUACCACUUAAACUGUUUGACCAUCAUUUAUACCAGAUCUACAUUUAAUUGUAUUCUCUUUUGAGAAUCAUUGUCACCGUUUGACAAUCCAAUAAGAAUAUUAACACCGAA